AUGAUUGGGAGAAUUAGUUCUAAAACCACUGCAUUAUUUAUUUGUGAUAUCCAGACAAGCUUUUUAAAAACUGUUACCCAAAUUGAGGAAUUAAUAAUAAAUAAUAAAAGCCUGAUGGAUUCAUGUUUAGAAUUUAAAAUUCCAAUUAUAAUGACACAGCAUGAUAAAAAUUUAUUUGGUGAAAUUGUUGAACCAUUGAGAUAUUCUUCUUCUUCUUCUUCUUCAUUAUCAAAUGUUAUGGUAUUUGACAAAAUAGCAUAUUCGAUGUAUACUAAGGAAUUGGCUCAAUAUGUGAAAGAAAAUUUACCAAAUUUAAAAUCAGUUAUAUUAACAGGUUUAGAAUCACAUGUUUGUGUACUUCAAACAGCAUUGGAUUUAUUAGAAAACGGAUACGAAGUUCAUGUUAUAGAUGAUGCAACAACAUCGGUACAACCGAAAGAAUAUAAAUCUUCACUUAAACGUAUGAAACAAUCUGGUGUUUUUUUAACUUCAACUGAAACUGUAAUUUAUCAAAUUCUUCAAAGUGAUAAUCAUCCAAAAUUUAAAAAAAUCGAUGAAUUAAUUAGUAAAGAGAAACAAGGAUUAUUAGAUACUAUAAAUGAAUUAAAAACAGAGAUAAUACAAUUAAAAUCAAAAAUUUCAAUUCUAGAAUGUACAGUUAAUAAUAAUAAUAAUAAUAAUAAUAAUAAUAAUAAUAAUAAUAAUAAUAAUAAUAAUAAUAAUAAUAAUAAUAAUAAUAAUAAUAAAAAUAAUAAUAAUGAUAAUAGUAAUAAAGAUGUUGAUACUGAGAAAGAUAUAGAUACAAAAAUGGAGGAAUUAAAGAAUAAAUAUAUAAAGAUAUUAAAAAAAUUGCAAAAUCGAAAUAUGGUAUAA